GGCAGGUAGGAGACCGUCAUUAAAUGGUCAAGGUAGCUAUUAUUAACAUGAGGGCUUUGCCUAGCGCGGGGAGUGCGGCCAGGAACUUGGGGUGCCCAGGAUAGGGUUUGGCAGUGAGAGCAAAGAUGGGUGAUGUUCGGUGACUUUGGUUUUUUCUUGCCGGGCAAUGUAGACAGGGAUACGGCAGCGAGGUGUGCGGUACGGCGGAGGUUAGACUCGGCCGUGACCUCCGGGAAGCCGGCAGCCUGAGCCAUGGACCUCGGAGCCCUCUUGUUCCUGCUCGUGGGUUUUCUGGCCCCCGGGGCUGCCAUCAUCCCCCGGCCAGCCCUAAGAACUCUUGGUAGCCUACAUUUGCCAGCCAACCCCACGUCCCGCCCCGCUAUAGCCAACAACUACUCAGUUCUCUACUUCGAACAGAAGGUUGACCACUUUGGGUUUACUUUCAUGAAAACUUUUAAGCAGCGAUACUUAGUAGCUGACAAACACUGGAGGCGAGAUGGUGGAGUGAUACUCUUUUACACUGGUAAUGAAGGUGACAUCGUCUGGUUUUGCAAUAAUACGGGGUUCAUGUGGGAUGUGGCUGAGGAGCUGAAAGCUAUGUUGGUAUUUGCUGAGCAUCGCUACUAUGGGGAAUCCCUACCCUUUGGUGCCAACUCCUUCAAGGAUUCCAGAUACUUGAAUUUUCUAACAUCAGAACAAGCUCUGGCUGAUUUUGCAGAGUUAAUCAAACACUUGAAAACAACAAUACCGGGAGCUGAAAAUCAACCUGUCAUUGCCAUUGGGGGCUCUUAUGGUGGCAUGCUUGCAGCCUGGUUCAGAAUGAAAUACCCUCAUAUGGUAGUUGGAGCUCUUGCAGCUUCUGCCCCUAUCUGGCAGUUUGAGGAUUUGGUGCCUUGUGGGGAAUUUAUGAAGAUCGUAACUACAGAUUUUCGGAAAAGUAACCCAGGUUGUCCAGAGAGCAUCCGCAGGUCUUGGGGUAUCAUUGAUCGCAUCUCAAACACAAGCCAUGGAUUGCAGUGGCUUACCGAAACCCUUCACUUAUGUGGUCCAUUAACUUAUCAAGACAUCCCACAUUUGAAAGAAUGGAUUUCUGAAUCCUGGGUGAAUCUGGCAAUGGUGGAUUAUCCUUAUGCAUCUGACUUUUUACAGCCUUUGCCUGCAUGGCCCAUCCAGGUAGUGUGCCAGUAUUUGAAAGAUCCCAAUGUAUCCGAUUCACGGCUGCUGCAGAAUGUUUUCCAAGCUCUGAAUGUGUAUCACAAUUAUUCAGGCCAUGCAAAAUGCCUGAAUAUUUCAGAGACAGCAACCAGCAAUCUUGGAUCCCUGGGCUGGAGCUAUCAGGCCUGUACAGAAAUGGUCAUGCCCUUUUGUACUAAUGGUAUUGAUGACAUGUUUGAACUUCAUCUGUGGAACUUGGAAGAGUUUUCUGAUGAAUGUUUUAAACAAUGGGGUGUGAGACCAAGGCCCUCCUGGAUCACUACCUUGUAUGGAGGCAAAAACAUCAGUUCACACUCAAAUAUAAUUUUUAGCAAUGGUGAGCUAGACCCCUGGUCAGGAGGUGGAGUCACCAAAGACAUCUCAGACACCCUGAUUGCGAUCACCAUCUUGGAUGGAGCCCAUCAUCUAGAUCUGCGAGCCAACAACGCAUUCGAUCCCAAGUCUGUCCUGUUAGCCCGCACCUUGGAAGUUAAAUACAUGAAGCGGUGGAUCCAAGAGUUCUAUGGCAGCUUGCAAAGGCAACACUGAGCAACUUCUGAUCAUUUUCAGUUUUUUGCUUGUAUGUUCACUUCCACCCACAUUCCUGUUCAUUUUUGGUUUUGUACAUAUAAUAACUGCCCCUUUUUUAUCAUUAGAUUUAGUGGGCUUCAAUAGAAGAGACCGAUUUCCCAGGCCCCCACUGUUUUUGCGGCAUCUCCAGGAAGGAUCUCUGUGACUGCCCUCCCCCACACCAUCAGUGACCUUCACAAUGGAGAUUUCCUGACAGCCUUUCCUACUGGGAGGGGCCCACUUUGUUUCUCCACGAGUAGGGAUGUCCCCUUGAAUUUGAGGCUGAAACCACUUUGGCCUGUCUGCAAGUGCCCAAUCCCUGUCCUAUGAAUAGGAAAAGUAAAAGAUAGAUUGAAAUGAUGUCAUCGCAGCUGGUAGGAAGGAUGUCUGAUGCCAAUCCAAGAAAUGAGUGCCAUUUCUUUUUCAUGUGAUUUUCUGAUCUUGAAUUGUGCCAUAAAUAAAGAAAAAGGCUGGACCUUA